AGGUAAUAUAUAACUGGACAGAGUAAUAAAACAAAAGCAACAGAAGCAUCAGAGAACAGUAGUCGUAUAAGGAAGACAUUUCCAGUUGCACAGCAAUCGGUAGGAUCCACAGUUAAAAGAGUUGUCAAGAAAUAUCCUCUUCAUUAUGGCUCCACAUGUUCCUGACAGUACAUUCAGUUAUGAGGCUGUGCCAACCAACAUCUCUUCUCAAGAACCCAUUCUGAGCUCUUCAAAUCCAGCUCCCAUAGAGGUUACCCAACCAGUGUCCAGUGUGUAUAACGUCCCUCAAGCUUCUCCGGUUGUGAACAUGUCUACUGUAGUUCCACAAUGGAAUGUCAUUGUUCCUUUCCCACAAGUUCCACAUCCAACCACUUUUUAUCAGACCUUUCUGAAAGGGAAGCCAUUUGCACUGAGUGUGGUGCUGUUUUUUGCAGCCGCAGUUAAUGUGACCAUGGGAAUUUGCAUGAUCUUCCUCUUUAUUUUCAAACUUUCUAUGGCAACUGGAAACCCCUUUUGGGCCGCAUUUACUUAUGUCAUUACAGGAAUUGUAACCCUUUCAGCUCACACUAAAGCAUCAAUUUGUCGGGUGAGAUGUUCUCUUGCUAUGAAUGUUAUAAGUGCUCUCGUGAGUGGUGUUAGCAUUAUUCUCGCCUCCCUGGAUCUAAAACAAUUGUCAUCUCGGAGGUGCAGAGAUCAUUGCCCAACUAUGACUAGUGACAUUGUUGUGCAGUCUGUGGCUCUGGUGAACAAUCUGCUAAUCCUCUGUGUGUCCAUAAUUCUUGGUGUUUUCGGGUGUCUCUCCCUAAGUGAUGUACCAAGUAUCCAACAGGUGUUCAUGUUAUACAAUGGACCCAUCGUUCCAGUUUCAGCCUCAGCCACCACCUCACCACCUCUGACACAAUAUCCGACUCCUUACAUCAUCCAAGAAGAUGUCAAGAGUCAACCAACAGUUGAAAUCACGCAAAGUCCCUAAGAGUCCAGGGUGGAUCUGCCUUUGUGCUCAC